AUGGCUCGUACGAAACAAACGGCUCGCAAGUCGACCGGUGGCAAAGCACCUCGCAAAUCAGCCGUCUUUUACGCCUAUGCUGCACGAAAGCAAGCUGCAGCGAAACAACAAGGCAAACAGGAAAUUACGGAGGCGGAACUCGAAGCUGCAGCUCCCGUGAAUGUUAAUUACGAUGUUAGCUAUGAAAGUUCAUUCUACGCACAUCAUUUCGCAGCGCAACCGACCACAGUCGAUCUGUUUCGACCAUCAUUUAGUGUGGCAACGACUGUGAAUCCUUUGGAAAAUGGUGCACAAACUCGUGAACGAUGGUUAAGUGUGAAUUUCAAUAGUUGUCUCGAUGGUCCCGGUGUUCGAACUUAUCGUUCUCAACUUCAUUUGGUUAUUACACUCGAUAUAUCUGGCUCGAUGAGUGAUCGAUUCGAGGGCGAACCUGGUAAAACAAAAUUACAAAUAGCACAGCAAUCGUUAUUGACAUUAUUGAAACAGUUGGGACCAAAUGAUGCACUUGGUAUUGUUCUAUUCAAUAGUGUCGCAACAGUUUUGCAACCAAUCGAAAAAAUAUCUUCAAUGGAUAAAAAACAACUUGAAGAGAAGAUUUUGAAAUUACGUGCUAAUGGUGGCACAGCCAUUACUCGAGCGAUUGAAGCAGCAAGUAACUUGUACAAUAACGAGGCCGAUGCGAAAGGUUUAAAAGACGACAAUAAUCUGAUUAGUCGUCGGAUUUUCUUUCUUACCGAUAUGGAAGUAUCACACGACGACGGUCAAACAUUUCUCGAACGUAUUCGACGUAAUGCACAAGAUCGAACCAUAUGGUCAACAGUUGUCGGUGUUGGUCUCGAUCUCGGUGCUGAAGUAAUUCAAUCUGUCUCACGUACAAUCGGCUGCAAUUAUUGUAAUGUUCGCAGUGCUCGGACUUUUGAUGAACUAAUGAAUUCGGAAUUUCAUUAUACAGUGACACCAAUUGGAUUUAAUAUUGAAAUUGCUCUCUCGGGUGAACGAUAUAAACUUGAACAAGGAUAUGGAUCACCUGAAGUUCAUCAACUUCAAGAUCCAGUUGAAGUUCGUUCAUCGAUUAAACUAAUAACUGAAUUUCCAUCACCAAUGAAUGAUAAAAAUGAAGUGCGUGGUGGUUGUCUUCUAUUUCGAAUCAUUGAUACGAAAAUCGCUGACGACACAACAGAAAAAUUCAAAAUCAACACUUCAUGGGAUACAAUUUCUGGUAUUCGGCAAACCGAUGAGCAAGAAUUCGAAUUUUCCAAUACGAUCGGUUCGUUCACUCAUUCGGGUAUACAGAAAGCUAUUCUAUUGACUCGAUACACAGCAUUCAUGAAGCGUUAUCUAAAAUUACGCCAAGCAUCGGCAACACCUGAGAUCAUCGACGAAUACCAAUCAAUGCGUCGACAAUUUCCACGCUUGGUUGAAUAUUUCAAAAAUGAAAUGACUGUGCUCAAUGAUGAGUCAUUAAACGAGGAAGAAUUCAAACAUUUAUUAGAUAUUGCUCAACAAGAUGACAUACCUUUAAAUGAGAGUCUUGUUUUGCCUCCACCUGUUGUAACAACUACAGCAGUAGCAGCAGCGACUACGACUGUAACUAAUAAUCCAGUCACAGUAGAGAGAAAAACAUUACCUUCGCUCGAUACGUUACCACGACGAGAUUUACAAACAUUGGCCAAACGACACAGUAUUAAAGGUAAUUUGAAAACUGAAGAUCUACUAACAAAAUUAACUGAUACACUUGCAAAUAAACCGACAACAUCGAAAACGGAUGGUACUGAUGACGUGUGUUGCAUCUGCUUGACUAACAAUAGUUCGGUUAUUUUACUACCCUGUGCGCAUCAAUGUUUAUGUAACGAUUGUGCUACUAAACAAGAAGACGAAUUGCAAAAAUGUCCAAUAUGCCGACAAGAUAUUCUACAUGGUACAACAGCAGCUGUUAAACGACAACGCACUAUAUAA